ACAUGCUUCCGCUCCUUCUGCUCCUGCUGCUCUGGGGACCUGAGAGGGUGGAUGGCGUGUGGAAUUUCCCUGAGAAUUACGUGCUGAAUGUGCCAAGUCAGGUGACUGUGCAGGAGGGCCUCUGUGUCCAUGUGCCCUGCAAUUUCUCCUACCCCCGGGAUUCUUGGACUGACUUACAACCAGCUUAUGGCUUCUGGUUCUUGCAAGGGUCCGAUACAAAACGUGAUUCUCCAGUGGCUACUAACAAGCCAGAGCAACGCGUCCAGAAGGCUGCUGUGGGCAGAUUCUACCUUGUUGGGGAUCCAAAGGACAACAACUGUACCUUGGAAAUCAGAGAUGCCAGGAAGAACAAGAUGUCAUACUUCUUUCGGCUAGAGAGAGGGAAUACAAAGUGGAACUAUCAGAAACUUGUACUUGUGAUUGUGAAAGCCCUCACUCACAACCCCCACAUCGACGUCCCAGAGACCUUAGAGGCCGGCCAGCCCAGCAACCUGACCUGCUCUGCUCCCUGGGCAUGUGAAUCGGGCCCACCUCCCAUCUUAUCCUGGACUAUGGGCUCUGUGACAACCCUGGGCCCCAGUAACACUCGCUCCUUGGUGUUGAGCCUCAUGCCCCGGCCCCAGGACCAUGGCACCAAUCUCACCUGCAUGGUGACUCUACCUGGACGCAAUGUGACCAGGAGAACGACCACCUAUCUCAACGUGUCAUAUGCUCCACAGAACCUGACUGUGACCACCUGGGAAGGAGUUGGAGGAGAGGGACAGUCUCUGAGUCUGCUCUGUGCGGCUGACAGCAACCCCCCUGCUAGACUGAGCUGGUUCUGGGGAAACCUGAGUGUGGGCCCUUUGCAUCCAUCCAACCCUGGUUUGCUCGAAUUGUCUCCACUCCAUCUCAAAGUGGGAGGAGAGUUCACCUGCCAGGCUCAGAACACUGUGGGCUCCCAACAGCUCUCCUUGAGCCUGGCCAUGGAAGGUAACGCAGCUCUGUCCGGAGUGAUGUGGGGGGUCUUCGUGGGCGCAGGCACCACAGCCCUGGUCUUCUCAUUCUUCUGCAUCAUUCUCAUGUUAGUAAUGUUCUGGAGAAGGAAGUCAGCAAGUACCACGGCGGAGGUGACGGAUCUCAGUGCCCUCAAGGGCUCAGUGUCUCAGGACGUGCCGGUGGUCCGAGACCAGGAAAAGGAACAUGGAACUGUCACUGUUGGCUUCUCCCUGGGAGCUCUGAAGUGA